GAAAAGCAAAACCACAAUGGGAAUAAAAAGGGAGUUGUUGUUAUGCUCCAAAAGAAAAGGAAUAAACCAAAACAAUUCCACCACCAUCGUACCUUCUCUUUCUCCUCGCCAGCUUCUUCGUUCGCUUCUCGCCGACGCUCUUCGCGAAUCACGUCUCUGAAUUCUUCAGCUCGAUCUUCUGUAGGAGUUUUUGGCGCGUUGCUUUACGAUUGCAUCUCCAUCUUCAGCACCGAUCGUUGAGGGUUUAAGGUUUCGUAUCGAGGCCAUUUAUAGGACCCGAGAGGCGUAAUCAUCAAGUCCUUCUUGGCCAAAUCCGAGCUCAAACAUUAUUCUGCUAUCCGGGAUGGAUAAUUACUGCGUACCGACCACUAGCACGACCGGUUUAGUAUUUCCGGCUAAUUCGAGCAUGACUGCUUCCUCCGGAUUCCACCUUACUGUUGAUUCUCCGGCUGGAAUCAGACAUGAAGCUACUUUAGCUGUUGAUUGGUCUGUUGAAGAGCAGUAUAUUCUGGAGAAAGGGCUUGCAAAGUUUAAAGAUGAACCACAGGUCACCAAGUAUGUAAAGAUCGCAUCAACUCUACCAGAUAAAAGUGUACGUGAUGUAGCUAUGAGGUGUAAAUGGAUGACGCAAAAACGAAGAAAAGGAGAAGAGCAUGGUGCCACGAAUGUUAGUUAUAGAAAGGUGGUGAAUUUACCCCCAAAACUUAACAUGUUUUCGACCGUGACACAACAAAAUGCUAUAUAUGUCAUGAACCCUAUGUGCCAGAGUGCACGCGUGCCUUUUGAAGGUGCAAGUGAUGCAGUUAUGGAGCUUCUACGGCAGAAUGCUCAAGCAUUUAGUCAAAUUUCUUCAAACCUUUCUGCGUGCAAGUCACAGGAUAACAUCAGCCUGUUUUAUCUUGCAAGAAACAACAUCAGUUCCAUCUUGAAUGACAUGAAGCAGAUGCCUGGUGUCAUCAGCCGGAUGCCACCAUUGCCUGUUUCAAUAAACAAUGAUCUUGUUAGCAGGUUAAUGACGAGUACACGACAGAAUAUUUUUAUCUGUGUUUUAGUCGAGCUCUUAUAUCAUUCCUUCGAGCAUACAUCUGAAGCAGGAGCCAAGAAACUAAUGCUAAAGGACAUUUGA